AUGGGACGAGAGAUCACAGUCGCAGUGGCUGGAGCCGCGACUGCGGCCCUUGCCGUGGUCGCAUACAAGCAUUUGACAUCGUAUGAUGUCACCGAGAGUGACGCGGGAGCUCCCGCGCAGGCCUACCUACAGCUGCUGGUCUUUGUAGAUUCGCCGGGCAAUGCGCCCAAGGGCAAGGUCCUUCGUUGGCCCAGGCGGGGACCAGUCAGCGACCUGAUUGCGGCAGUGGGGGCGCUGCUGGGCCUGGAGACACCGCGCGUCUUCCUUGAGUCGACGCGCGAGGAGCUGCUGCCCACCCUGGACUCCCUGGACGCCCUCGACGCCGCCUCCGGCUGCGCGCAGCGCCUCGUGCUGCUCAUCGCCACCGCCGGCGCGGCGCUCAGCGACGCGGCCGCCAAGCUGCCGCCGCUGCAGCAGCCGCCCCGCGGCCCGCGGCCGCUGCCGGGCCUCGGCAACGCGCUCUGCUUCAAGGGCCCCUAUGAGGUCCCCAUGUACAACGCGUGGCACAACCUGUUCGCGCCGGGCAAGCAGGAGGUGUGGGGCGACACGGUGCGGCUCGUGCUGCCAGAGGCGUUCUCCACGAGCGGCGACAGCGAGGGCGCCGGCGGGUGGGACGACGAGCUGGCGCUGAUCGAGACGGUCGUAACUACGGAUCCCGAGGGCGACUGGGGCGCCCAGGUCUGCGGGCGCAGCAGGGGCGGCUGA